UUUGAGCAUAUCUGCUGCACAUCAAUGGAAGUUUAAAAUGCCCAUAGGGUAUUGGAUGUUAAUAGGACAUAAAAUGUUCUGUAGCCUGCCGAGGAUAAUCCACUAGAAACAUGAGAGAGAGAAGAAGGAGGAAAAAAAUGUUCCUCUUGGCUCAUCACUGGACGUGUUGAUGGAGGGGGGAAAAAGUGAAAUUGACAAUAUCAUUGUAGGAGCGCACUAAAGGGGCGACGGUCCGCUCCACUACACUGAAGUAGGGAUGUCUACAGUGGAAGAAGAAGAAGAAGGGGGAGGGUACCACUUUGUCACAGGCUGCUAUGUAGAUUAACCUUUCAAUUAGUUGUUAUCAGGUCCUCUCCAUGUCUCGGCGCAAGCUUUUCAGCCUUCCGUUUCCAGGAGAUCAAAAAAUCCCACGAAACCGCUCGGAUGUGUCGCUUCACAUUUCUCCUUCGACGUUUUUUCCCCGAUAAUGAAGAGGAGUAUCCGAAGGGGGGGAAAAACUUGAAGAGAUUUGAUCUGGGAUUUUGAUAAAUUCCAAGUCCAGGUCAGCUACCAUUGUGGAAUUUACUAGUGCCAACUUUGCCCCAAGUUCAAUGACAGAUACCGAGGAUUGAGAAGAAAUGUGUGGAUGCUGUUGUGGAACAUAACUUUUUAACCUUAAUAAGGAUGUGGAUGUACCCAGGUUUCAGCAGCAGAAAGGGGGAAUCUUUAUGGAUCACGUUUUUGUGAGGCUAAUUGUUCAACCAUGGUAAAACUUGCAAACCCUCUGUACACGGAGUGGAUUCUUGAAGCAAUACAGAAAAUCAAAAGGCAAAAGCAGAGGCCUUCAGAGGAGAGGAUUUGUCAUGCAGUGGCCACAUCGCAUGGACUGGACAAGAAGACCGUCCUUGAGCAGUUGGAAUUAAGUGUUCAUGAUGGCUCUAUCCUCAAGGUUACAAAUAAGGGGAGCGCCUCUUACAAGGACCCAGGAAAUCCCGGAAGAGUUGGAUCAAUCUUGCCUGCAAACGCGUCUGUGCCAUCAAAGGAAUCUAUAUGGAAUUUGAGUGAUCUGCGCCAUAUUGAUUGGAAUAAAAUAAUCCGGAGGGCCAUCGAGGGCCUGGAUGAUACCCAUGGCUCCUCGCUGAAGAACAUCGAGAGGUACCUGAGGAACCAGGACGACCUCUCAGACAUUAUUGACAACCCUGCUUUCCGGCAGAGGUUGCGGCUGGCGGCUAAGCGGUCGGUUAACAACGGCAGGUUGUUAAAAAAUGGCCCGCGGUAUAAGCUCAGUCAUGGCAGCAUGGAGGGAAGGAGCCCCAGGUGUCCAAGUGCUUCCCCCUUGGUCCUGUCAUCAGUGACACUCCUCCCACAUGAGCGAGACCAGCUCCGGGUCGACCCCAUCCCAAUAUGCAGUUUCUGUCUUGGAACGAAAGAGUCAAAUCGGGACAAGCGGCCAGAAGAGCUGCUGUCCUGUGCAGACUGUGGGAGCAGUGGGCAUCCAUCAUGUCUGAAGUUUUCCCCCGAAUUAACCUCAAAUGUGAAGAGAUUACGGUGGCAGUGUAUUGAAUGCAAAACCUGCAGCUCCUGUCGAAUACAGGGGAAAAACGCUGAUGAGAUGCUAUUCUGUGAUUCAUGUGAUCGGGGCUUUCACAUGGAAUGCUGCGAUCCGCCGCUUUCAAGAAUGCCAAAAGGAACCUGGAUCUGCCAAGUCUGCAGGCCAAAAGAGAAUGGGAAGAAACUGCUGCACAAGAAAGCCGAUCAGAUCAAACGACGAUAUGCAAAGCCAAUCGGAAGGCCCAGAAAUAAGCUCAAACAAAGAAUGUCUGUAACCAGUGGUGAUGGCUCCAUGGUAGCACUUGGAGGAAGGGGGUCACCUGGCCACAACGGGGAGCUGCAUGUGAAGCAGGAGGCCCGGGCAGAAUAUGUGGCCAUGUCCAGAGAGCACGUCACAGAGGAGGACAUUGAGACGUUCACACAUGUCCAGGAACUCGCUGCUCAGAGAACUGGAUCUCUGAUGAACACAGACUCUAUUCGAUGCCCUGCUGUCAUUGAAUUUGGAAAGUAUGAGAUUCAAACCUGGUACUCGUCACCUUACCCACCUGAGUAUUCAAGAUUACAAAAGCUUUAUCUGUGUGAGUUCUGUCUGAAGUACAUGAGAAGCAAAAACAUUCUCCAGAGACACACAAAGAAGUGUGGCUGGUUCCACCCGCCAGCCAAUGAAAUCUACAGAAAGGACAACCUUUCCGUAUUUGAGGUUGAUGGAAAUGUCAGCAAACUAUUCUGCCAAAACCUCUGCCUGUUAGCCAAGCUUUUCCUGGAUCACAAGACCUUGUAUUAUGAUGUGGAGCCUUUCCUCUUCUACAUACUUACAAAGAAUGAUGAGAAAGGCUGUCAUCUUGUGGGCUAUUUCUCCAAGGAAAAGCUUUGCCAGCAGAAGUACAAUGUCUCCUGCAUAAUGAUCAUGCCUCAGUACCAAAGGCAAGGAUUUGGAAGGUUCCUUAUUGAUUUCAGUUACCUUCUCACCAGGCAAGAAGGACAAGCCGGCUCCCCGGAGAAGCCGCUGUCAGAUCUGGGUCGCUUAUCCUACCUGGCAUAUUGGAAAAGUGUCAUACUGGAGCACCUUUAUAAGCACCCAGAUAAACACAUCAGUGUUAAAGGAAUAAGCAGGGCCACUGGGAUGUGUCCACAUGACAUCGCCGCUACUCUCCAGCAGCUCGGCAUGAUUGACAGACAGGAUGGCAGGAUUGUGUUGAUCAGAAGAGAACGAUUGAUUCAGAGGCACAUGGAGAGGCUGAGGGCUAACCCGCGUCAGAAUGAGGUGGACCCCGACGCCCUGCGCUGGACACCUUCCACAACCCUGAAUGCCGUGCUGUCUGAGGAGGAGAGGGAGGCGGAGAUGGAUGCUGAGCGGCUGAAGGAGCAGGCCAGUUGCUGGGAGAAGGAGGAGAGAGAGGGCUACAUGAUGACUCACAGUAACAGGCAACCUCUCACAAAGGUCCACUGCAAGGUUCCCUAUCGGACCUACGAGCGCCGGCCCACACCUUCCUGGAGCAGGCGCAUCCAGCAGAUGGAGGAAGUGAGUGACGACGACGCUGAUGAAGACGAUGAUGACUCUGAUGGCUCACCACCCAUCCUGACAAAAGCCCAUGCAAUGCUUGCAGCCAAGAGAAAGAGAACCAUUGUUCUCAAGAAGAGAGGGCGUAAAAGAAAGCGAAUAAACAGCAGUGUAACAACAGAAACCAUCUCUGAGACAACAGAGGUGUUGAACGAGCCAUUCGACAACUCAGAGGAUGAACGUCCUAUGCCCCUGCUGGAACGCACCUGCAGAGUGGGCGAGACAGAGGAAGAAGAGGAGGAGGAGGAACACAAAGACAAGACACCGACUACACCAAUGAAACGCCGGAGAGGUCGUCCAAGGCUGGAGAAAAAUGCACAGAAAGACAAUCUUGAACACUGGAGUGAAGGAGCUGGCAUUCUCUCUAAGAGACCCAGCAAACCCCGUCCAGUGAAACGGAAGAAAGGCUGGCCCAAAGGAGUGAAACGUGGCCCUCCUAAAUGGAGGCUAAAGAAUGAACGGAAGAUGGGCUUCAAGCUGAACCUCUACACACCCCCUGAAACUCCCAUGGAGGCAGAGCAGCACCACAUUCAGACUGAGGAAGCAAAAGGUGAAGCAGACCACGACAUUGUCAGUGCUGAUGAAGGCAGCAAAGCAGGCAGAGGCUCGCCUAGUCCAGAUGUGACCCUAGACAGACUCCCCUCUGAGCCUCCAAGUCCUGCUGAUGGUGGCUCCCAGAAGUCGAGCUCCCCUGAAGGAUCACCGGUGGCCUCUCCGGUGUGCUCACCUGCUGCCUCUCCUGGUGCUGUGUCUCCUACACCUGUGGACAGAAGUGAUUCCCCAGAACCACCUGAAGAUGACCAGCAAGAGAGUGAACAUGAGCAGGAAUCCCCAGCCAAAGAUGCAGAGCAUAGCGCAGACGGUGCUGUGUCGCUGGAGAAUGAUAACGAGGAAGAUGAAGAGGAGGAUGAGCAGAGAGCGCAGAAUGAGGAUCAGGAUGCAGAUGACGAGGAUGACAGUCACAGCAAGACGGCAGCACCUGAGAGCAGCAUAGAAGAGUUGGAACAGAGUUCAAAAGACAUACCCAAAUGCACCCCACCUUUUUUAGAUCCAAAAGAAGACAAUGACUCUGAGUUGAGUCGGCACGUUUCUACAGUAUUGUGUAGUGCAGAGGAACCAGCUGCUGCUGCAGAAAGCACGCAGGAUGCAGUGACAGAAACAACAGUAGCAACGCCGCCACCCGAAGCAGCAGCAGUCGCUUCAAUAGCAGCUGUAGACUCAGAUAAUCCUGUAGACUCUGAGUCAGAGGAAGAGAGCACGCCCAGCCCUUGUCCGGACCACCCGCCUCUUCCACCUGCAGAGAGGCCAACGCUCAGUCCCGUGCUGAGGGAGGAUCCCCCAGUCUGCACAGAGAUUGACUCAGAGACAGCCCAAGCUGUUCAGUCCCUGACGCAGGAGACUGAGCGGGAGAAUGUUUUCCAGGACUGUGUGGAGAGCCAGGAGCCCUGCAGGAACCUGCAGCCCUAUGCUCAUGUGGCCCAAAGCCCCCAGCUCACCUCACUGGAUGACUGCCCUCAGUCUGACCACAGCAGUCCCCUUUCCUCCGCGCAGUCCCAUCCCAGCCAAUCGGUACGCUCCGUUAACAGCCCAGCUGUUUCCAUCCUGGAAAGCGGCUACACUCAGAUUAGCCCUGACCACAGCGCCAUCUCGGUGCCCUCGCUCCACAACAUGGAGACCAGCCCCAUGAUGGAUGUGCCGUCGGUGUCGGACCACUCCCAGCAGGUGGUGGACAGCGGCUUCAGCGAUCUGGGCAGCAUCGAGAGCACCACAGAGAACUACGAGAACCCCAGCAGCUACGACUCAACCAUGGGGGGCAGCAUCUGUGGGGCAGGCCCCUCCCAGAACAGCUGCUCCUAUGGCAGUACCCCUAGUGGUCUGCCCCAGAGCAGCUGUGCCGUGAGCCAACAAAUGGCCGCUGUUAACCCUGGCAGCUGUGGAAUGAUUCAGCAGAACAGCCUGAGCUCACCGCCGCAUUGCAACGUCAAGUCGCCACAGGGCUGUGUGGUGGUGGAAAGGCCUCCCAGCAACAGCCAGCACAACCAGCACAGUCAACACAGCCAGCGCAGUCAGCACAGCCAACACAGUCAACACAACUCCCACAGCAGGCACGGUCCACACAAUCAGCACGGCCAACACAAUCAGCACGGUCCACACAAUCAGCUAACCCAGCACAGUCAACACAAUCCCCACAACCAGCAUAGACACCAUCACAAUCACCACCUGCAGCAUAAUCAGCUCAGCCAGCACAAUCAGCAUGCUCAGCAUAGCCUUCACAAUCAACACAGUCAGCACAGCCAGCAGCAGCCCAUGGCACAGUGUGCCAUACCAACCAAUUUCACCACCACCAUGCAGCUGGCAGACAUUCCUGAAUCUGGCAACCCAAAUUUCGCCCUCUAUGAGAGGAUCAACCAUCAGGGGGAGUAUGGCAGCGGGCACUACUCUCAGUCAUCUGGCCUCAGUCUGGCCAAACUGCAGCAGUUCACCAACACAUUCAUAGAUCACCCUCACUCACUGCCUUUCAACCACUCGGCCUCACACCCCAUCACAUCUUAUGCAAACACCCCGUCGCUGUCGUCGCAGCACUCCAGCCUGGUGUCCCUGUCUCAGACCCCACAUCGAGUCCCCAACCCGCAGGUGCAGGCCACCAUGACCCCGCCCCCAAAUCUCAGCUCGCCCCCUCCCAUGAUGCUGCAGCGCAACAUGGGCAUCCCGCCGUCGCAGCGGAUCCAGCCCCAAAUGGCCUCGAAGAAUCACAUCUCUGCUCGCUCCAAGUCGGCCCCGCUGUCGCACCACCAGCAGCAGAUGUACGCCCGGCCUCCGCAGACUGUCGCCAUGCAGGCGCCAUCCAGGACGCUGGCCGCCAUGCCGCGCAUGAGCAUGAACAUGAACAUCAUGCCGGCACCAGCCUACAACGUCAAUUCCAUGAACAUGCCCUCCCUCAACGCCAUGAAUGGCUACAGCAUGAGCCAGCCCAUGAUGAACAGUGGCUACCAUGGCAACCAUGCCUAUAUGAACCAGUCACCCCAGUACUCUAUGCAGAUGGGCAUGAUGGGAACACAGCCAUACCCCCAGCAGCCCAUGCAGGCUCCACCACAUGGCAACAUGGUGUACACUCCAGCUGGUCACCAUGGUUACAUGAACACAGGCAUGUCCAAGCAGUCCCUGAAAGGGCCUUUUAUCAGGCGGUAACUCUCCGCAGGACUGAGCUGGUUCUACUCACGUGCAUUUUUGCCGUUUAAAGAUGCACUGAUCUGGCCUUGUUUUCUUUUUCUCGGUGUCUUUUUGUUAUUGUUUAUUACUUAAAAACCAGCAGCAGCACUUGGAAAGAAUGCAAAAAUUUUCAUCAAUGAGUAAACUUUGAAGCUAAUGUUGAAAAGUAUUUUUGUUCCUCCAGAUGGGAAGCCUUACAUCAUUACGAUGAAAAUCUAUUUAAUUAGUGUUAGUGUCUCUGACGUGUCUUUAGGCCAGGCGGGUUCGGAGCUCAGAGGUAGAGAUUUCAUCAGUGGUCUUGCAGUCGUGUAGCAGCCUCAAAUGAAGCCAUUUAAUGUGCCUGCUACAAGUGGAGCUAGUGGCUGUUUGAACCUGUUCAGUGUACCUGUCUAACAGUGCUGACAAUUAGUUUGUACUAUACUCAUGCCUUUGUAUAUUUAAAUUAUUGUACUUAUUUUGUAAAGUGACAACUAGCAUGCUUCAGUCUCUGUUAGUGACAGUGCAUUGAGUAGUACUGUACAAGUGUUGUGCUUAAUAGCAAGCCAUUUUAAAAAUAUCUGGCCUUUAUUAGGUUUCCCUCCACAGGGAGAAAGAUGAAACUAUAUUUUGUUAAUUCUAAUAAUGUAAAAAAAUGUAAACUUAGUCCUGUUUUCUGUUUGGUUUGAGAGGUUUUAUUGCUAUGUAUGUAUAAUUCUGAAGUCUUUUGUAACAGAUCUCCUUGAGGCAGCUUUCUGUUUAAUAAAGCAGACUGAUUUCUGUCAAAAUAAAAAAGCAUAUCUCAGUGUUUGUACCCUGAAAAAUUCUAAAACAUUUCAAAAUGUCCAGAAGUGUGGCAGAAUUUAAAAGAACUAAAUGAUUAUAAUGAUGAAUAACAAUAAAGAAAAUAUAAAUUUAGUCCAAAGUCGAUAUUUUACAUAAUGCCUUUAAAGCUACGUUUUCAUUCCAUCUGUAGAUUUGUUUUCUAUCUUUAUAAAAUGUUGGAUUUAUAUUUUACCGAAGUGUAGAAGAAUAGAGCCUGUGAAUAGACCAAACUAAGCUAAUGGAUUGCAUGUAAAACGCAACUUGUACUUGUGUUUUUGUUUAUAUUGCUCUUUUGUAGCCUUUGUACCUGUACAGAGUUGCUGGUAAGAACAGGGGGGAAAUACCUGGCUAUGUGCACACAAAUCGGACAGAAUGACAUUCUUGUAUUUAUGACUUUCCUCUUUUUGUCAGUCACUUAAAAAUGCUGUACAUUUUAGCAUAAGAAUAAAUUAUGAUUGACCAUGUA